AGCUGUGCCCGGGCUGGGGGCCGGAGGACGUGGGCGCCGCCGCCGCCCGCCCAGCAUGUGGCUGACGCCCGAGGAGGUGCUGCUGAAGAGCGCGCUCCGGCUGUGGGUGCAGGAGCGAUGCAACCGCUACUUCGUGCUGCAGCGGCGGCGGGGCUACGCCGAGGACGGCGGGGGGCUGACCGGUCUCCUGGUUGGGACGCUGGAUGCCGUUCUGGAUUCCACAUCAAAAGUCGCCCCUUUCCGGAUCCUGCACCAGACCCCAGAUUCCCAAGUUUACUGGUCUAUUGCAUGCGGAGCCAGCAGAGAGGAGAUAACAGAACAUUGGGAAUGGUUAGAGCACAACGUCAUGGAGACACUAUCGGUGUUCGACUCCAACAAGGACAUCGUAAGCUUUGUGCACGGGAAAAUUCGAGGCUUGAUUGCUGAGGAAAGUAAAGGGUCUUUAAUAAAAGAAGAAGAUCCGGAGAAGUUCCGGGAGGCCCAUUUGAAGUUUGAGAAGUGUUUUGGGUUAGCCAAAGAGGAGAAGCUAGUGACUUACUACUCCUGCAGCUACUGGACAGGCCGGAUGCCCUGCCAAGGUUGGCUGUAUCUGAGCACCAACUUCCUUAGCUUUUACUCUUUUCUGCUGGGAGCUGAAAUCAAACUCAUAAUAGCCUGGGAUGAAAUCUCCAGGCUCGAAAAGACAUCGACUGUGAUCCUGACGGAGAGCAUCCACGUCUGUGCCCGUGGGGAGGACCAUUACUUCUCCAUGUUUUUGCACCUUGGUGAGACCUUCCUUCUCAUGGAGCAGCUGGCUCUCUACGCCGUUCGGAGACUCUUCGACAAGGAAGGGUUUGAAGUUGACCCGGUUCUCUGCGACCCCUUGCAAAUCACGAAGAGAGGACUCGAGAACCGGGCCCACAGCGAGCAGUUCAACGCCUUCUUCCGGCUACCCAGGGAGGAGACACUGAGGGAAGUUCACGAGUGUUUCCUGUGGGUGCCCUUCAGCCACUACAACACUCUAGGGAAGAUGUGCCUUUCUGAGAAUUACAUCUGUUUUGCCAGUCAAGAUGGCUGCUUGUGCUGCGUCAUCAUCCCCUUGAGAGAGGUCACAUCAGUUGAAGUCGCUGACCACGUCAGCAAGGCGAUCAGCCUCGCUACCAAAGGACAGAGGGCCUUCCGUUUCUCUGAAGUGAGAGAUUUUGAACCACUGGUGGCGAAGCUCAAGAGCAGAUGCAGUGCGGCACCGAGCCCGCAGCACAGCAUGAAUGUGGAGGUUGGGGUUAGCCCAGACGCUGCCCCCAUCUGGGACGACUUCGAGGGACAGCCGAUGGCCAGCCACAAAGGCAGCAGUGCCACAGUUAGCACGGAAGCCCUGAUGACCGUUUUCCACCCUCAGGAUGUGGAGAACCUUGAUCCUAAGAUGUUAAAAGAAAAAAUGAAAGAGCAGUCCUGGAACAUCCUUUUCAUAGAGUGCGGACGGGGUGUGAGUAUGUUUCGGACAAGGAAGACACGAGACCUGAUUCUCAGAGGGAUCCCCGAAGUGUUAAGAGGAGAGCUUUGGCUUCUCUUCUCAGGUGCUGUAAACGACAUGGCAAGCCACCCCGGCUAUUACUCGGAACUGGUUGAAAAGUCUUUUGGGACAUGCACCCUGGAGACGGACGAAAUCGAGCGGGAUCUGCGCCGCUCACUGCCAGAGCAUCCCGCCUUCCAGAGCGACACGGGCAUUUCUGCCCUACGAAGGGUCCUCACCGCCUAUGCCUACAGGAACCCCAAGAUUGGCUAUUGCCAGGCCAUGAAUAUAUUGACGUCGGUGCUGCUCCUUUAUGCCAAAGAAGAGGAGGCAUUUUGGCUUUUGGUAGCAGUUUGCGAAAGGAUGCUACCCGAUUAUUUCAAUCGCCGGAUCAUAGGUGCCUUAGUAGAUCAGGCAGUGUUUGAGGACCUAAUCCGAGACUACCUGCCCCAGCUGACGGAGCACAUGACCGACAUGACUUUCUUCUCCUCCGUCUCGCUCUCCUGGUUUCUCACCCUCUUUGUCAGCGUGCUGCCAAUCGAGAGCGCUGUCAACGUGGUCGAUUGCUUUUUCUAUGACGGGAUCAAAGCCAUUUUGCAGCUGGGCCUGGCUGUGCUCGACUACAACAUCGACAAGCUGCUGGCUUGCAAGGACGACGCAGAAGCUGUGACCGUCCUCAACAGGUUUUUUGAGAGUGUCACCAACAAGGACAGCCCACUUCCUCCAGCGGUACAACAGGCCUCUGGGAUGAAUGACAGCAAAACCCCCCACCCCAGAGUGGACAUCACUGACCUAAUUCGAGAAUCAAAUGAGAAAUAUGGUGAAAUCCGAUUUGAGGAGGUCGAAAGCAUGAGACGUCGGAACAGACUGUAUGUCAUCCAGACCUUGGAGAACACAACAAAGCAGAACGUGCUACGUGUUAUCUCCCAAGAUGUGAAUAUCAGCCAUAGCAACCUGGAAGAACUGUAUGAAUUAUUCAAGAAAGAACAUUUUCUCUCCUGUUACUGGAAGCUGACUAGUCCGGCACUGAAGCAUCACGACCCCAGCCUGCCCUAUCUGGACCAAUAUCGGAUUGACUGCCAGCAAUUCCGAAACUUGCAUCAUCUCUUGAGUCCUUGGGCACACUGUGCCAACAGAGAUUCUUUGGCCCUGUGGACCUUCCGGCUGCUGGAUGAGAAUGUUGACGGGCUGAUCAACUUCAAAGAAUUUGCAUCCAUUUGGGAUGUCAUGUAUCAUGGGAGUUUUACCCAUAAGCUGACGCUCCUUUUCAAAUUGCACAUACCUCCAGCUUUUACCGAAGUGGAAUCUCUGAGUCCUUUCAAAGGGGCUCAGCUCUCUAAAGAAGAAUUGAUCCACUUUAGCCAGCUAAGUGUUUCUUCACCUGGAGACAGAGAGAAUGCAGAUGUUCUGAAGACAAGUCCUGAAAAAGGGAAAGGAAAAGUGGACAUCCAGGCUUACUUGAAGCAGUGGCAAGACGAGAUCCUUAAAAAGGAAGAAAGCAUUAAGGAUUUACCCCGGAUGAACCAGUCCCAAUUCAUCCAGUUCUCCAAGACGUUGUAUAACUUAUUCUAUGGUGAUCCGGAAGAAGAGCUCCUUUUUCGGGCCAUUGCUGCAGUUACCAGCCUCUUGCUGAGGAUGGAAGAGGUGGGACGAAAGCUCCAAAGCCCCACUUCCCCAGCCCCAACGGUGACAUCUCCUGUGGUUGGUCCUACAGCCCAACUGCAGACUGAUUAUGCAGGACCCCAGAUCUCCAGCCCUGUCAGCGAGGGCUGGUCGUUUGCGUUUGAGCAGAUCCUGGCCUCUUUACUCAACGAACCUGCCUUGGUGAGAUUUUUUGAGAAACCAGUAGAUGUCAAAGCCAAGUUAGAAAAGGCUAAGGCUGCUCAGAUAAAAGCAAGAGCUUGUGUAUGGUAGUUACCCAGCCCCACUUCUCCUUCCUCUCUGUAGAACACUCAGAAACAGGAGGCAACACUGAGUUUCAGGUUCAUACUGAGGAUUUAGCUCAAUUCCCUUAAGAGCAGGGUGGUAUACGUGGUUUUAUUUUUACUUUUGUGGGGUCAAGUGUAGUUCGAAGCACAGUUGCACCUAAUCUUUGCAUUUUAGUACACAAGACUUAAGGCGCAUCCAUCAACACAUGGCAACUUGGAAGAAAAAAUUAAACUGUCUCCUUUGCAGCAGCAGAUUUCCAAGUUACCACUUUUUAGGCCAUGUUUUGCUUAUAGUGUAAAGAUGGCAACUUUCGCAGAGAAUUCCUUCUUAAACUUGGAAUGUAGGUCUGCCUAAUGCAUUGUGGGCAGAAUCUUUGACCAGUUUAGGACACCUGUUAAGGAAAGUCGUUCCUAUAAAUGGAGGCCAAUAAUUUUUUAAAAUAUAUAUUUCUUCAAAACCUGGUUCUUCUCUUUGAAGGCAUUACAUGCCUCAAACUGAAGCCUUCUUGGCUGGUGGUGUUAAAUUUUUGCAACUGUGCCUGUGUCUUCUGGACAAUUCUUCUGCUCAACAUCAAACAUGUUGAUUUGGCCCAAUUUACAAGUAGAGAAACUACAUCAAAGUGCUGUCUUUCUCAAGGUAUGGAUAAAUUAAGAUUUGAGAUUCCCUCUGAAAACCAUCUAGACAAGCCAACAAAAGAAUAGGGACAAAAAUGCCAAAAUCAGCUGCUUACUCCAUACAUACAACACUGAAGUGACUUUAAAAAAGCAGCUUUUUGAUGCUGCAGUAAUUCUUUUUUUCCCCCCUUUUUGGAUGGAAACCAUUAUUUCAUGUGGCACAAAAUAACAAAGGUGUUUAGUAAAAUGUAAUGAUGCUUGUAAGAAAGUUGGAGGCCAUCACAGAAAACUCUUUUUCUAGUGUUGCCCAGAUGGAUUCUCUGCAAAGUUUUAUGGUUGAUGCUAAGCCAGGAUCUAGGACUUGCUUAAAUCCUAGAGAGUGAGUUAGUGUCAAGAACAAGGGACUUGAAGCCCUGUAGGCUGGAGAAUCAAAGGUGGUCCUUCCAGCCAAUGAAAACAUGGAUUGUGAGCCUGAGGCUAUUGGAAAAUAGAAUGAUGAGGCUCUGUUCAGAUAGAGCAAAAAUCAUUAGAAUUCAUUCCUCAAGACUGUCCAAGAAUUUAUUCCUCACAGACUUUCCAAGUCUUCAAGAAUGAGAAUUUUUUUAAAAAAAACUCCAUUGCCUUUAAAACUCUUCUCAAUUUACCUUGAUCUAAGCUUUGGUAAAAUAAGCUAAGCUUUGCAGCCUUUGUCUAAGUUUUAAAACUCUCCUAUUUUUUUAAUUCCACCACAACCGAGAAUGGUGGCAUGAGGCCUUUGCCAACUGCAUACAGAUAUAUUUUUCAAAAUCCAGUUGUUUCCUUAUCUGCCAAAUCCAGCUUUCUCCAAUUCGAUGCUCCCAAUUCUAACACAUUUGAGGAGUAUAAGGCAUAUAAAAAGCCAGCUUUCAAGAAAGCUACUGGACUUGGGCUAAUACAAGAAUCCUUACCCAGUUUGAAAGUAUUUUCAUAACACAUGGAGAUAGUACCAAAAAAUCCUUGAAAAUUUUGGCUUAAUGCCACCUUUCUUUUUCCUUCCCUGCCACUCACAGCUACUACAUGACCAAUAAAUCUGGAAGAUAAAAAGUGUUUAUAAAGGGAAAGAAAUCUAGAUGGAUUUCCCAACGAUGAUAAAAAUGCAGUUGUGGAUUGCCAUGUUAAUGGCAUGUUUUGCUUUUUUAUAGUACUGUUUGCCAAUAGACCUCUACAAUUACUUGAGAUAAUAUAUAUAUAUAUAUAUAUAAAACUUAUGACUGAACUGUCUUAUAAACAAAUACUCAUGUAUAUAUUAUUGUCCUUAAGAACAUUUCAUAAAUAUUAUGGUAUGGAACUAAUUUAUGUUCUUGUUUCCAGUAUAAUGAAUGUUUAUGAGAGAAUGUUUCAUCUUUUGUUAAGAAUGCACUCAAUUCAGCCACUCUAAGCUACUUUUAAGGAUAAGCACUUUGAUUUCUGCUUUGGAAUGAAUACGACCCACAACAUACCUCUUUACUUUUCAUGACAAAACGCUGAAAGUAAGUAGUCAAUGAACCAUCAGCCACCCAGUGAGACUUCUUAAAAGUAGAGUUUUAUUUUUCUUUCAAAAUAAUAUGUACAAAUCUGCUGAGGUUCCUAGGGCACGAUUUAACAAGGAUGGGAAGAUUCCAGUCAACUAUUGCUGGCUUCUCCCCCUACUCCA